CCGGUUUACUUUGCAGACACGCUUGUCAAAAGCGGGGGCCCGCUCUCACACAGAUCCGCCAUUGUGUAAUUCCAAAUCCAAAAUCCGAAAACUCUAGAAUUUUCUAGCUUGCUAUUUAUAGUGCAACGUAAUUAGUGACAGACCAGACAGCUAGAUAACCGUACAAAACUAGCCAUAGCCAACAGUUACACAGUAUAUUCUACAGCAUUAAAUUGAGGUAGCAAUGGCUGAAGGUGGAGGUGACAGACAACACCCUCGAAAUCUACAGGGGAUUUUGCGAAUGGCUGUGGAAGCUGGUUCUGCCUCUGAUGAACCUGCCCCCAGUGAGCCCAUGUCGGAGGAGAGAAAAGCAUGGCUGAGAGAAGCACUGGCAGACGUGUGUAAGGGGCAGAUGGAUGAAGUGGAGCAGAUGAAGGAGUGUCUGGAGAUUCUACGGAGAGAGGGAUCCAAAGUUAGAGAAGGAGAGGAGGAGGAGGAAGAGGAGGGGCAAGAGGAGACGGAGGGGGCUCUGGAGCUGCUCUCUGAGCUCUGUGAGAAUCUGGACAAUGCCAGAGAUUUGAUGGUGCUCGGGGGGCUUGACCUGUGUCUUUCUCAGUGCCUAUCACACCCUCAGAGUGGGGUUAGGUGGAGGGCAGCCCAGCUCAUUGCUUCCUGUGCCCAGAACAUGCCUGAGGUGCAGUGCUACUUGCUGGGCCAGGGGGCGCUAUUGAGGCUGCUGCAGCUCACUGACACUGAUCCCCACCCUACAGUCAGAGUGAAAGCACUCUACGCUGUGUCCUGUCUUGUGCGGGAGCAGGAAGCUGGGCUACAAGCCUUCCUGUCCCACGACGGGUUUUCGGUGUUGAUGCGGGGUAUGCAGUCCAACAACGAGAAGCUAAGAACCAAAUCUGCCUUUCUCCUGCUGAACCUGCUGACCGCUCAUCCGGAGCACAGAGACACAGUGCUGUCUAUGGGCAUGGUUCAGCAACUGGUGUCAGUCCUCCGCUCUCCUCACUCCUCCUUCCACGAGCACGUGCUGGGCGCUCUCUGCUGUCUGGUGGAUGAUUGUGCCCGGGGGGUGAGGGAUAGUCAGAACCCUGCCCUUGGAUUGGAGGAGCUGUUAAACAACAAAACCAAGGAGCUGAAGGGAAGGGAGGAGUGUCAGGAGGAGCUGGAGUUUUGUGAGAGACUACUCUCAACUUGUUUCCGGGGCCAACCCCCUGAAGACAAUGGAAUGGACCGCUGAAAUCCCAUUGGCCUGCCUCUGUCUCGCUGUCAUUGGCCGGAACAAGUCAAGCUUUGGGAAUAGUUAUAUAAUGUGGACUCUGUAUCAAGGCUUACUUGGAUGAAAAGCCCACUUCAACUUGUCGAUAUUUAUUUUGAAACCCCCCCC